ACGUCAUUGAUCUUCUUCCAAGAACUGCAAAGCUACGCAAAAACAUUUUCGUUUUCGUUUGUUCAUUCCAAGGAGCAAAAAUUACGCCACAAAUUAAAGGUUUAGGGGAAAAAUACUUUGUGGAGACAAGCCCGAGUCUUUGAAUCUUCGUAAAGCAUCAAAAGGCUGUUAACACCAUUUUAAAAUGCCGAAGAAAUCGAAAGGACGUGGAAGAGGGAGAGGAAGAGGAAACCCUCAUCAUGAAAAACAACAAACUCUAGUUGGGCAACAAGCGACUUCCCGAAAUAACGAGCAUAAACAACUCCCCAAGCCAACACAGACUCAACAAGAAACAUCAUUAUCCCAGCAGCCAUAUACCUGUAGCAGUGCAGCAGAAGCGCAAGGACCCCUGACCCCACCCAAUAACACUCAAGGGGGGAGUCUUACCAAUGCAGAACCGGCACAGGCUGAUAUAUUGGGGCAAGAAUUUGAAACUCAACUAAAUUUAAGCCCACAAAGUGGCAAAGAGCAGGGUGCGAUCCCUAAAACAGGAGCUAGACUUAAGGGGAACAGCUUGGCACCAGGCUCACACGGCAAUGGACAAUUUUCCUCUAAGAACCUGCUGGCUCAGAUGCAGAGAACACCAAGAAGUGCAUCAGAGUCCCAGAACGAAGCUUCAUCCAAAUCACAGCAAGCACACAACAAUCAAAGCCAGGCUGCAGCCCAUCAGCAGACUCCAGUACAUCUACAGCAGACUCCAGCAGGUCCACAGCAGACUCCAGCACGUUCACAGCAGACUCCAGCACGUCCACAGCAGACUCCAGCACGUCCACAGCAGACUCCAGCAGGUCCACAGCAGACUCCAGCAGGUCCACAGCAGACUCCAGCAGGUCCACAGCAGACUCCAGCAGGUCCACAGCAGACUCCAGCAGGUCCACAGCAGACUCCAGCAGGUCUACAGCAGACUCAAGCAGGUCUACAGCAGACUCCAGCAGGUUCACAGCAGACUCCAGCACGUCCACAGCAGACUCCAGCACAUUCACAGCAGACUCCAGCAGGUCCACAGCAGACUCCAGCACGUCCACAGCAGACUCCAGCAGGUCCACAGCAGACUCCAGCAGGUCCACAGCAGACUCCAGCAGGUCCACAGCAGACUCCAGCACGUUCACAGCAGACUCCAGCACGUCCACAGCAGACCCCAGCAAUAAUAGGGUCAACAACAACUGCUGAUGAACACCUGGCUCGUCACAGGCAGGAAAACAUGGAAUUACCGAAGCGACCAGGUUAUGGAAGGGAGGGAAGGAAAAUAAAACUGCGAGCUAACUUCUUCCAAGUGACUCUUCCAAACGUUGAUUUCCUAUAUCACUACGAUCUGGAGAUUUCUCCUGAGAAAGCCCCAGUGUCUGUUUGUCGUGAUGUGGUGGACGCUGCUAUAAAGCAUGGGGAGUUCAAGGGAGUUUUCAAUGGAUGCAAACCUGCUUUUGAUGGGAGGAGAAAUUUGUACUGCAGGGAGCCAUUGCCUUUAAAGUCAGAGGAAGCUUCCCUGAAGGUCACUCUUCCUGGAACUGAUGGGGGAAAAGAACGAAAGUUUACACUCAAAGUUAAGGAAGCAGGUCAGGUUAGCAUCAAAGAGCUUGACCAGUUCCUAAAAGGGGAGUUCCGUGGAAAGGUUCCCCAAGACGCUAUCCAGGGUAUGGAUAUUGUCCUGAGGCAGAUGCCGUCCAUGAGGUUCACAGCUGUGGGGAGGUGCUUCUUCCCACCUCCCAACGGCCACUGCCAUGAUCUUGGGGGUGGCUGUGAAUUAUGGACGGGGUUCUAUCAAAGUGUGCGCCCGUCUCAGUGGAAAACCAUGCUGCUGAACAUCGAUGUAUCCUCUAAAGGCUUCCAGAAAUCGAUGCCGGUGAUAGACUUCAUGUUGGAGAUUCUUAGACAGGAUGGGAACAGAGUUCUUGAUACACGUUGGGUGAUGGACGAAAGAGACAAGAAGAAGCUCACCACGGAGAUAAAAGGUCUUCGCGUAGAGACUACCCACAUUAAAAGAAAGUUCACUGUGAUGGGUCUGUCACACCCUGCAUUUAACAACCGCUUUAGGCUUGAAGACAACACCGAGACCACCGUAGAGGCGUACUUCCGCAACAAGUACAAUAUAUCUCUCAGGUACCCCCAUUUACCGUGCCUACUGGUUGGUCAGAAGAAGAACUCCGUGCCAAUGGAGGUGUGUAACAUGAUUCCCACUCAGCGGAAGCGUCUGACGGAUGAACAAACUGCGGCGAUGAUUCGCAAAACAGCAAAGCCGGCCAAUGAACGCCAGCGGGACAUCAACCAAUGGGUCGACGAGUUGGCAACAGCAAGUGACCAGUACCUGAAAAACGAAUACGGCAUGCGAAUCAACAAGCAGAUGGUAGCAAUCGAAGGGCGUGUCCUACCCGCACCCGAGCUUACCCUCGGGGGCAAUCCGCAGGGUAGCGCCCUUACCCCCUCUGACGGAGCGUGGGACAUGAGGGGAAAGUCGUUUUUCGAGGCAAGGACUGUGGAGGUCUGGGCACUGGUGUGCUUUUCACAUCCAAAGUGGUGUCCUAAGGAGAAGCUGGAGGGGUUUGCUCGGCAAAUGGGCAAUGUUUGUCGAAGUGAAGGAAUGAGAAUGAACCCGGUACCUUGUCGCGCGGAGUAUGCGUCACGCGUGCAAGAGGUUGAGGGAAUAUUUGGCAAGCUUCUUCACGACUUUAAUAGUCUGCAAUUGAUUGUGGUCGCUCUCCCGGACAGGGGCAACAAAGAUGUCUAUAACGAGGUGAAGAGAGUCGGCGACACAGUCUUAGGUAUUCCCACCCAGUGUGUUCAAAUGAAGCAAUUUACGAUGGCUAAACCUCAAGUGUGCUCGAACAUCGCCAUGAAGAUCAAUGGCAAACUAGGCGGCACCAACCACGUGAUCGCCGAUCGCCUCAAGGCGACAAUCACUGAUGACAAAGGCAAGGGAAUAUUUGACUCUCCGGUAAUCAUAUUCGGCGCUGAUGUCACCCACCCAGCCCCUGGUGACAAUGGCAUCCCUUCUAUCGCCGCCGUCGUCGCCAGCCUGAAUCGCAACGCUAGCCGCUACUGCGCACGCGUGAGACCACAGACCCACAUGAAGUGCAAGCAGGCUCAGGAGAUCAUUGUUGAUCUGGCAGACAUGGUGAAAGAACUCAUGAUUGAGUUUUAUAAGGAGAACAAAAGGAUGAAGCCGGCGCGGAUUAUCUUUUAUCGGGACGGUGUCAGUGAGGGUCAGUUUCAGCAGGUUCUCCUCGAGGAGGUCCGUGCUGUUCAGCAGGCGUGCGCGAUGCUCGGGAAAGACUAUCAGCCUCUCAUCACGUUUGUGGUCGUGCAGAAAAGACACCACGCGCGACUUUUUGCCGAGGAAGGCAGGGACGCGAGGGGGAAAUCGAGAAAUGUCCCAGCUGGCACGACGGUGGACACGGUUAUAUGUCACCCGUUCGAGUUUGACUUCUAUCUCUGCAGUCAUGCCGGUAUUCAGGGUACGAGCCGGCCCACCCAUUACCACGUGCUGUACGAUGAUAACGGGUUCUCGGCAGACAAGCUCCAGGCGCUCACCUAUCAACUCUGCCAUACGUUCGCAAGAUGCACACGCAGCGUGUCUAUGCCUGCACCGGCCUACUACGCACACCUUGCCGCGUUUAGAGCCAGGGGGCUUGUCAACGCAGGACGCGGCGCAGCAAAUGGGUCUGAGGAGAGUCAAAUGAAAACCUACUACGAGACAAUCAAAGUGUGCAAGCGAAUGGAAGCAUCCAUGACUUUACCUAAAAGGAAUUCUCGCUCGACAGUGAGGGGUGAGAAUGAACCCCUUUCCGAACUGGUGAAAGCGGCAAAAGGGAUCCCUGUUAAAAGCGUCGAGUGGCAAAGAUCGUCGAGUGGCAAAGAUCGUCGAGUGGCAAAGAUCGUCGAGUGGCAAAGAUCGUCGAGUGGCAAAGGGCGUCGAGUGGCAAAGGGCGUCAAGUGGCAAAGGGCGUCGAGUGGCAAAGAGCGUCGAGUGGCAAAGAGCGUUGAGUGGCAAAGAGCGUUGAGUGGCAAAGAUCGUCGAGUGGCAAAGGGCGUUGAGUGGCAAAGAUCGUCGAGUGGCAAAGGGCGUUGAGUGGCAAAGGGCGUCGAGUGGCAAAGGGCGUCGAGUGGCAAAGAGCGUUGAGUGGCAAAGAUCGUCGAGUGGCAAAAAGCGUCGAGUGGCAAAGAUCGUCGAGUGGCGUAUAAAUAAAAUUCAGUAGGCCCCCCACCAGCCAACUGUUACGUUGAAAUGCUAUUCUAAUUACAAGAAAGAAGACCUAACAAAAAAGAAAAUAUUUGCUCGUCAGAUGACAUAGAUAUGGAACUGUGGGGUUAGAAAGAGACCUAUUCAAGUCAUUAGAGUUUGCCGCCAGAGCUCACAAAUAAAAAUUUUUGAGUUCUCGUUAUAUACAGAGUAGGGACUUACCCAUCUUUGUGCCACGUGGGGGGGGGGGGGGACCUGGCCACUAAUAGAGACAUAAUUUAACAUAGGACGUAUAAAAGAAAAUGGCGCCUGACCCUCUACCCUGAGCUAAGCAAAUAACAAGGAAUAACUGAACUUGCCCCACCAAAUCAAAUUUUCUAGCUAUGUCACUGUAGAGAUAAAUGACGGUAAUAAUAAACGAUGAGGUAAUGCAAAUUUGGGGCUCCCCUUUUUUAAGAGAGUAGUACCUCACAAAAUACUAGAUGGGAAUAGAUGUAAAAUGACCUAAAUGAGAAUGAUUAAAAACACUAUUUAGAUAUCUACGUUGUUGUAAUAUGACGAAAAUAACAGAAGAAUACAUAAAAAAUGUUGUAUAUAUUA